UAUCUGUAUGCAGCUUGUGUUGGUGGCUCUUACAGCACAUACCAGCUAACUAAAUGGAACUACAGCAGGCAUGACUCUCCUCUGCCUCAGGCAGCAUGCAUUUAGCUGAGGUCACAGUGGAGCAGACUUUUCUGGACAUCAGAGUUAUUUAAUGGUUAACCUUAUUUGACAGGUCUGGACUCUACUGCAGCUAAAAGCCUGGUCUGCUUGAUGCUGGAUUAUGCUUCAGCUUGAGAGUGCCAAGUGGAGUUUUCUUCUAUGCCUUGGAAUCAGCAUCUUGAUCUGCUCAGUCAUAUAUAUUAAGGGCAAGCCUUCUUACGCUCCAAGGCCUCUGCCCCGUACCUUGAACUGCCGUCCAUUUCCUGAAAACUGUAAAGUUUUGCUUCCUACCACCUCUAACACAAGAUGGGAAAGAACAGUAUGUCAGGAGCUGAGCUACUUUAACAAUCCACUAAACUGCUCUCGUAUACAAUCUGAGCUUCACUUUAUUAUGGAGACACUGAGCAAAGAAGAGGAGGACUACCCUCUGGCCUUCAUCAUCACUAUCCACAAAGACCUGGAGAUGUUUGUGCGUGUGCUCAGAGCCAUCUAUGCACCACAAAACAUCUACUGCAUUCACGUAGAUGCCAAAGCUCAAGAAGACUACAAAGUGAGUGUUGAGAGAUUGGCAGAGUGUUUUCCCAAUGUCUUUCUAGCCUCAGUUAGCGAGAUAGUGACCUAUGCAGGUUUUUCACGUCUGAAGGCUGACAUUAACUGCAUGGAGGACCUGGUGAAGUCUCCAGUCAAAUGGCAAAAAGUGAUUAACCUUUGUGGCCAAGAUUUCCCUGUCCAGAGCAACCUGGAGCUGGUCCGAAAUAUGCAAGAUGCAGAAUGGAGAGACAAUAAUAUGACUCCAGGUGUAAAACAGCCAGAGAACAUGCAACACAGGACUCAAAUACAGCAUAUAGAAGUUAAAGGUGAAUAUGUGGCCUCCAUGGGUCCAGGUCACCAAAAGACCCCUCCUCCACACAACCUGACAAUCUACUUUGGAACAGCCUACUACAGUCUGCAAAGAGCAUUUGUGGAAUAUGUGCUCACUAGCCAAGUGGCCAAAGACCUGUUGGAGUGGUCCAAGGAUACCUACAGCCCAGAUGAGCAUUACUGGGUAACCCUUAACCACGUGGAAGAUGCCCCUGGCAGUAAUGUAAAUGCUGGCUGGGGGGGUAACAUUCGAGCCAUUAAAUGGAGAGACCAAGAAGGAACAGCACAUCAAGGCUGCAAUGGAAGUUACAUCAGGGAUAUCUGCAUCUACAAUGUUGAGGAUUUACCCUGGAUAAUUGAGAGGAACAGCAUGUUUGCUAACAAGUUUGAGAGCACUAGUUAUCCUGAAGCUCUGGACUGCCUGGAACAGUGGCACAGGCACAAAGUCCUACAGCAGGCAACAGUGCCCAUUCAGUUGUCAUGGAAACUUGCAACAGAAGUCAAUAUUAGUAGUGCCACAGUAGCAGGUGGAAUGAAGAGAUUAAGUCACAGUUAAAAUUGCCAGUUAAUUCUUAAACUAAAUUGUUAGUCACACAAUUCAACCUGGAAUGAUUAAUCCAGGAAACAUGAGCUACGGAUACCGAGUACAGACCAGUUACAUGUUUGUUUUGUUUUUUUACAUAUUUAUUUAUUUAUUUAUUUAUUUAUUUAUUUAUUUUACUACUCAUGGUUAUGCAUGUAUGUAUGUAUGUAUGUAUGUAUUAAAAUGUGUGAUUUAAAACUAUUAAUUUACAUAUAUUAUGGAGACUAGAGUUACAGCACCUAUAUAAGAUCAGUAGAAUAAUUUUUUAGAAUGUCUGCUCUUAUCAUUUAAAAUGAACAAACCAUAUCAGGAGGAGUUAAAAUGCAACACUUGUUACUUUUUAACUCAUGAGAGGCUCUGAAUAAUAAUAAAAAGCAUUAGUCAAUUUCUAGGUCGAUCGUUUGAACACUUUGUCCAUUGUCAUCUGUACAGAGUGUGCAAGCCAUAAUCUCUGUUUUGACAACAAAGACAAUAAGAGUUUACACUGACCAUUCAUUAACAUGAAUCAUUGACAUUGACCAUCAGUGUCCAAUAAGUAUUAAUUAUUUAGGCUCAAGUUCAUGUUCACUAUCCAAAACCUGUUCAACUGUUGUGAAAAGCAUACGUAUGUAAUAAGGUUUUAGACAUCUUCAGGCAGACUGAAUACAAUUACAGCUGCAUUUGUUAAACUGACUGCUUAUCUGAGGUGAUCUUUGCACAGGUAGUCAAGGUGCAGUUAGUAACCUUGUAGUAGCAGUUUAGUAGAUGUCUACAUACAUCAAUGGCAGAAAAAAAAGAAAAAAGAAAUGGUCGAGAAUCGAUUACACAUCAUAAUUUUAGUUGGCAACAAAUACCAAGCACCAUCCAUCCAUCCA